AUGAGUGAGAACCCAACCACCAACCUCAACCCUGGAGAUGCUCCAACUGGGCCCACCACACCACGCAAGGGGCCGCCCAAGUUCAAGCAGAGACAGACAAGGCAGUUCAAGAGCAAGCCCCCUAAAAAAGGAGUAAAAGGGUAA